UGCCAAACAGCUCGGCUGAGCUGGAGUGAGGAGACUUGACGCUGCCACCACCGCAGAACCAACACAUCCAUUAUCUUUCAACUUAAACACAGAGGUUGGGGGAUUUUGCAGCUUUUACGCACAGCGCCGGAGCGUCUGGCGACUUGUUUCUACUUUGCCAGCAGCAGGUUGCGUUGAAGCUCUCGAUUCAUUUGAGCAGUUUGGUGUCGGACCUGUUGUCUGCACAAUGUGGGGGGUCCAGAGGACGCGGUACGCAGACUGCAACGGCUCCGAAGCCAGCGAGGAGACGGAGAUCGUCGUGAACAUCGGCGGAGUGAAGCAGGUGCUGUACGGGGACGUGUUGAGCCGCUACCCGGACACCCGGCUGGCUGAGCUGGUGGACUGUUCCCUGAAGUCUCCGGAGGAAAUAUCUUCACUGUGUGACGACUACGACCCGGACACCGGAGAGUUUUAUUUUGACAGGGACCCCGAUGCGUUCAAGUGCGUAAUUGAGUUGUAUUAUUAUGGAGAGAUCCACAUGAAAAGAGGAAUCUGCCCCAUUUGCUUUAUGAAGGAGAUGGAGUUCUGGAAGAUCGACUCGGAUUUCCUGGACGAGUGCUGCACCUGCCACCUGCAGGAGGUGGAGGACGAACUUGCAGAGAUCGCAGAGAAAGUGAAAACUAUCCUGGUGGACAGAGACGGAGACCCGUCUGCUGCGGGCUGGCAGCGCUUCCAGAUGUGCCUCUGGAGGCUGAUGGAGAAGCCGGAGUCCUCGAUGCCUGCGCACAUCAUCGCGAUCAUCUCCUUCAUCUUCAUCCUCGUCUCCUCCGUGGUCAUGUGCGUCGGGACCAUCCCCGACCUGCAGGUGGAGGACGCAGAGGGAAACCUCACGGAGCACCCGACUCUGGAGGUCAUCGAGACGCUGUGCAUCUGCUGGUUCACUGUUGAAUACUUCCUGCGUCUCAUCUCUGCCCCCAACAAAAUCAAAUUCGUGUUUGCUUUCAUGAACAUCGUCGACUUCAUGGCGAUCAUGCCCUUCUUCGUGGUGCUCAUCCUCACCUCCUUCGGCGCCGGGAUGAUGGAGCUGGCUAACGUGCAGCAGGCGGUGCAGGCUUUACGCAUAAUGCGCAUAGCGCGCAUUUUCAAGCUGGCACGUCAUUCCUCCGGACUCCAGACGCUCACAUCUGCCCUGAAGAGCAGCUUUAAAGAGCUCGGGCUGCUCCUCAUGUACAUGGGCGUGGGGGUCUUCCUUUUCUCCGCACUGGGCUACACCAUGGAGCAGAGCCACCCGGAAACCCUGUUCACCAGCAUCCCCCAGUCCUUCUGGUGGGCUGUGAUCACCAUGACCACAGUGGGCUAUGGAGACGUCUACCCCAAGACCACUUUGGGUCGGUGCAACGCGGCCAUCAGCUUCCUCUGCGGGGUGAUCGCCAUCGCGCUGCCCAUCCACCCCAUCAUCAACAAUUUCGUCCUGUUCUACAACAAGCAACAGGUGCUGGAGACUGCGGCCAAGCACGAGAUCGAGCUGAUGGCGCUGCGCUCCGGGGAGCUGGAGGCUGCACCCAAUGCGCACCAACACGUUUGCGGUGCGGGGGUGUGGGACAGCACCAUGCGCUCCUGCCACAGUGAGACAUACAUCCCUUUACUGAAGGAUCCCAGGGAAGGGGCCGGCCUGUCGACCCCCAGCAAGGACACGAGCUUUGGAAGCACAGCCGAGACCACCGAGUAUUUUGUCUCGUGAACAAACAAACACCUUCAGAACAGAAGAACAAAACAUCAGAAAUAAUUAUCCACUGUUGAUUUUUGAUUGAUUCAAACUUAACCUCUGGGUUAAUGAUACAACGACGACUUGAGAUUGUAAAUAGCCUCAAUAGAAACUGCAGCCAUGGCCUCUGAGGACCUUCAUAUUUUGAAGAAUUGCACCUAUUAAAGGGACAUACAUUGACUUGAUGAGCUUUGCCUUUGCGCAGUGACUCCCUGUGGGCUGAGGGGAACAGCCAGUACGUGGAUUCCCCCUAUGUAGGCUCCUUAUAUAACUCCCCCAUCCCCAAUCCUCACACUCAGACUGUAGACGGCACGGUAGCGUAUUCCUCUGUACAGAAAUAUAUAUAUAUCACCAUGAAUGUUUUUUGGUUUUUUUGAAGUAAUAAAGAUAGGAAGCUCCUGUGAGAGAAAAGACAAAUGUAGUGAGUCCAUGAGAGGUUCCUGAGGCAUCAGGUGUUUGAAAGUGAGACCUACAGUGCCAUACAUUUCAUAGGGAAUAUAUGAAGGCAACAUAUCAUGUCUGUUUUUUGCCUGUGAUCUUCCUGGGAUCAGUGUUUUAUGUUGCGACUGAGAGUGAGGUAGUGUUUCAGAUGUAAAACUCAGUCUGUGCAGGAGCGUGUUAAAAGCAGUGGAUGUGUCAGUGGGGCUGCGAUUCUGCGAAGGAUCACGUUGUCAACACUGGGACCUGAGCAGCUGCAGGACAUGUUCUUUUAAUGGGUUUACAUUUUAGCAGCAGUCGUCACCACUCUGCUCCGAAUGCACGAAUAUGCCGAGGUGAAGCAGCAACAGGCUGGACGUGAAACAAAGAAUAAUCCAAAUAAGUGAUAAUAAUAACUUUAUUUGUGUAGCACCUAUAUAAACAAAGUGCUUCACAAGAUCAAGAGGGUGGAAAUUCUGAGAAGAGGCAAAGAAGGAGCUCAGAUAGAUGAAAAAGAUGAAGAAGAAUAUGAAUAAUCAACCUCUUUUUCAAUAAUUCAUGAAAAACGAUAUGUAAGAGUAUGAAUAAGUCUGUAUCUGCCUCAAACAUGGGUCUAAAUUCAAUUUUGAAACUUACAGAGAUGAUGUUUCUCACACUGCGUCCCACACUUUCAAAAAUGAACUCAAAAUUGCCCUUUAAUGGCUGCUAUAUUUAAAGGUUAAAAUUCCACAAUUUGAAAGGUCACUCCUACACCAUUAGCCUGAGUGACACCAAACCUGCCGCAAGAAUUCAACAUUCCCCAGAAACUUCCUCUCUCGGCACAGCGGGGGGAGCUGUAAUUAAAAUGGGACAUUUAAUUCAGACGUCACGUCCCAGAUGUCAGGGUUUGAUUUUUUUAUUGUAACUUGGAGGGACGAGCCGUGUCAAGGCUGCACUCUAUGUGCCCCGGUGUUAUUUUAUUAAAUACGCACAACAGCUCGGAUGUAAAUACAUGGUUUGUGCUCAGAAGGUGAAACAUUUAAAUUGUUUAACUGAGGAGAACACAGAGGGCGUCAGUAGGAGGUGGACUCACAGUGACAUGGUGCAGGGGAGGAGGAUUUGAGUGUUCACCCUCACCUGUGGGUUACAUUUUCACUUUGAGCUAAAAAUCGUCCUUAAGACUGAAUCAUUUAACCCAAGAAAUGAUGGAUAAAUGGCCCAAAUCUUUAAAAUUAAUACUUGAGCCAACUAUUUAAAAUGUUUAUUACUUACUUUUAACAGAUGAGACUUUUCUUGCUUGCAGCCUGGUUUCCAUGCACCUUUGCUUAGUGUUAAGGUCACUCCCAUUAGCAAACUGCAAGAGUACACAGCACCUAAGUGUGGAUGGGUCUCACUGCUGUGCAGGUAAAGCUGUAACCUUCAUGCCAGCAUAAUAAAAAUGUA